ACUAAUAAAGAAAAAGCUAUGGAGAAUAUUAGGUUUUCUUUCAAGUAUAGUUGGACUCAUUUCUUAUGCAUUCAGCUCUUCUUUCAGUCAUCUUUUUGGAGAGUGGAACUUCAUCAAAAUCGUUAUUUACACUGUGACCUCCUGAGUCUGAUUUCGUGUGCAGCGUUUGCUUUAAUGUCUUUUUGCCUUUCAAGACAUAUCGACCUUGGUUUUGAAUCCGAUCUCCUCAAUUUCUUCCUUGGAAUUUUUACUCUUCAAUUGAUGAAAAUCAAUUUGAUGCUAUCUAUUGUUGCUGCAAUCUUCUGUUAUUCUCUUAUGGUUCUUCGUUCUAAUUGGGAUUCUCGCCACGAAACUAGAAAUUUGAGAGUGGAAAAUGGUAGCGAUCAUCGUGAUGUAGCCAUAGAUGUCAGUGUUUUAGAUAAUAGUAGCCAACAGAACCAGAACCAGUCUUUAAGCAGAAGGUUCAAUCAUGAUGAUGGGUAUAAUUGGAAAAAAUAUGAAGAUAAAUUAGCAAAAGGAAAUGAAAAUCAGAGAAGCUAUUAUAAAUGUACUUGGCCUAAUUGUGUUGUGAAGAAAAAAGUUGAGAGAACAAUUGAUGGAGAAAUAAUUGAGACGCUAUACAAAGGUACACAUAAUCAUUGUUGGCCUACUUCUAUAAGGAAGAGGAACUCAUCAUCAGAAUAUCUUUAUUCACUUUUGCCUUCGGAUACUCGCCCCAUUGAUUUGCGAGAUCAAUCAUUUGGCAGAGAAGAAGUGGAUUUUGAUGCAGAUCAUGAAAGCUCAUCUCUAUCAAUAUGAAAUGUUUAGUUCCCAAUCUCAAGCUUGAUGGAUUAAAUGAGAGUUGCCUAUACUAUUUGUAAAUUAGAACUAUUUCUAUAUAAAAUAAAGUUAUUGUUUUCUUGAAUCGUGGCCAA